AGACGGCCAAGAUGGCGGAAGGCUUCAUAUGUUUGUCCUGUAACAGGGAAGAUGGAGGCUGGUGGAGGAGCUGGCUUCAGCAAAGCCUUCAAACCGUCAAAGAGAAGUCCACAGAGGCCUUGGAAUUCAUGAAACGUGACCUGACAGAGUUCACCCAGGUGGUCCAGCAUGACACAGCCUGCACCAUCGCUGUCACCGCUAGUGUGGUCAAGGAGAAGCUGGCUGCUGAGAGUUCUUCAGGUGCAACAGAGAAAGUGAGGAAAGGGCUCUCCAACUUCCUGGGCGUCAUCUCAGACACAUUUGCACCUUCGCCAGAUAAGACCAUUGACUGUGAUGUCAUAACGCUGAUGGCGACCCCUUCUGGGACCACAGAGUUGUAUGACAGCGCCAAGGCACGGCUAUAUAGCCUUCAGUCUGACCCAGCCACCUAUUGCAAUGAACCUGAUGGACCCACUGAGCUCUUUGAGACCUGGCUUUCACGCUUCAACCUAGAGGAGAAGAAAGGGGAGGUUUCAGAGCUGCUGGUCAACAGCCCUUCCAUCCGCUCCCUCUACUCCAAGAUGGUGCCGGUGGCUGUGUCCCACUCCGAGUUCUGGCAACGCUACUUCUAUAAAGUCCAUCAUCUGGAGCAGGAGGAGGUCCGGAGGGAGGCUCUGAAGCAGCGGGCAGAGCAAAGUGUUCACUCCGAGGAGCCAGGCUGGGAAGAGGAAGAAGAGGAAUUUCUUGGGUCAUCGCCCCCCCACAUUCAUGUCCAUUUGCAGACCUCUCAAGAGGUGAAGCCAGCUUCCCCCAUUUCCGCAGCUGCAGCUACUCCGGCCCUGGAGGCAUCCGUGGAAAGCUGGGCUGUGCUGAGCCCCACCCCGGCGGAGGCAAGCCCCUCUGAAAGUAGCGAGAGCGUCUCCUUGGUGACUCAGAUUGCAAACUUCCCCGCCCUCCCUGCAGCACCCGUACAGACUGGAGCCUGGCUUUCUGGAGCAGGGGACUUCUCCCGGAGGCUGCAGGAAGCGAGCACAGAAGAGCAGGCCUUAUUGCCAAAGCCAGCGGAGCCUGCACAGCCUCGCCCAGCUCCUCCACAGGCAAAGUCUCCUCCAGAGCAGCCAAACGAGCAAGUGGAGAGCAAGCCAGCAAGCAGGAUAGAGACUCUGCGAGAGGACGGGCCGAUGGAUCUGCGGCUCUUUGAGCUCAACUCAGACAGUGGGAAGUCAACGCCCUCCAACAACGGGAAGAAAGGCUCGAGCACAGAUAUUAGUGAGGACUGGGAAAAGGACUUUGACCUGGACAUGACUGAAGAAGAAGUGCAGCUGGCGCUCUCCAAGGUGGAUGUCUCUGGGGACGUGGAGGAUGAAGAAUGGGAGGACUGGGAAUAGCAAGGGCCGCUGCUUCCCCUGCAGUUACAUCCUGGGCUCUUUCCCUGCCUCCAUCUGCACCAUCCAAUGUGAAUUAAACCACAGAGCCAUUGGUUCCUUUUCCCUGUGUUCCGGGCUGGCUGCAUCUCAUCUCUGCUGAAAUCCCGUCGGGGACCUUGGACCACGACCCAUGCUCGGAUCCUGAUGGUGCCUGACACUGCACAGGGGUGCUGGAGAGACAUGUGUGGAGGGGAGGGGGCACAGUGCCAGAGGCAGCUUCCCAGUAGGGCCCCCGGACUAAUAAUUCUCUAGGCGCUGCCCCAGUGUGGAUUUGUUUUCCUUAUUCUUUUUCUUUUAUUACUUUUGGCUUGAGGUGGAUGUCAGUUGAUAGUGGCUUUGGAUAGGGGUGGGGGAUGUUGUCCCUGGUUUAUCUAGACCCUAGACAGUAGCUAGGAUUGUUCUUCCUGUCCCUCUCCAGGCUGGCAGCUUCCCAGCUAGGCCUCCUCCUAUGUGGCUGUUUCCUGAAACCCAGAAAGCUUUUAGGAAUUUGCAGGGGGCAAAUCCCUUGUUGCUUAGCACCACAAACUCCAGUCCUAGAAGGAGAACCUCUCUAGCAUGGCAUUUGGCUGCUGUUACUGUUCCCCCAUGAUUGGAGCCCAGCCUCCCAGGACCUUGAACAGCCUCCCGCCCACUCAUCCUACCUAAACUGCCCCACCACUGCUGUCCUGGGACUUGAAGCACUUUUGAAACAUAGAAUUCUUGUGCUGAAUCCUUUCUCGGGGGCAUGUAACCCCAGUGGGAGCAUCGCCUGCACAAGUUCAAAUUAAAUGGAUGGGAGGUGUGCAGGAGAUGUUCCUGCUGGGUUGUGCCAGUAAUCUUCAGAGAGGCCUCUUGGCUGGGUGUCGGUAGCAGUUGCCUUGGGGCUGCUGCGCUACAGCACAAGUCCAGUGCUGCUGUCGGCUCCCUUACUAGUCUUGGUACUCCUUGAAGGAUCAGCAUUUGCCAAAGCCUCGUGCUCCUCAACAUCCCCCUUCAUGUGGAUGCUGUCUGUUUUAGGCAUUUGUCUCUGGAAGCUCUUCCUCCUUGCGACAGGUCUUGCCUUUUCUCCAGCCUUGCCAAGAGCGGUCAGGUUAACUGUUCACAUCUGGUUAAAACUGCCUCAGAAGUCUGGUGGGCCUAUAUCAAGCGUCAUCCCUUUCUGUGGGGGAAGAGUGCAUUCCCCCCCUCCCCGGCUUCUGAAUUGCCACAGGUUUGGUCCAAUCCACACAUCGCAGUUGAGCCAAAGAGGCUAGAACUACAUGAACAUCCCUGGCCUCAGAACCGAUGAGCCAUAUUGAUGCGUUUCAAAAAUGGCUCCAGAAUGGAGAUGAUAUUCUCCUUGGGACUCCGUCCACCCAGACGUUCUCCUGCUCAAACCCAUUGAAGUGAAUGGCACCAGUGCACGGAACUGCAGCAUCUCCCUGAUCCCUGUAGCUAUGGAAGGAAACACACUAGUGAUACAAGGUUGCUUUUCCUGGGAUGGGGGCAGUUCACACCACAGCCUGUGAUUGAGGCUUCAUGUGGCCCGAAGGAUCUGGGUAGCAGGAGCAGCUCCAGCCGGGCUGCUACAGCCACUUACAGACAGCUGGCUUCCUGCCUUCUCAGUGUUCCUGCUCAUUCAUUCAUGUGGCCCGGCUGAAGUGCCAGAGAGGCUACUUUUCUCAUUCCUUUCCUGCUGCAAGAAGCGACCAUGCACUCCCGGAGCGAGAAGCGAGCGCAUAGCACUCUGCAAUGGCUCGAAGGAAGCUCUCCAUGGGUGGCUGUAGUAGCUGUCAGAAACAGAGACUUGUUCAUAGGCUCCUGUAUUAACCAGCCCCCCAAAUACUAAUCCCCACUUUGGGAAAGGUGAUGUAGGAAUCAGCCCUCAAAGUGGAUUCCUUUAAGGGAAGCUCCCAGGUUCCCAAGCAGUUUGGACCACAGCGUGCUGAACAGGGUUCCUUCAUGGCUGAGUCCUUGGUCCAUACGACUCCUGGCUCCUGGAAUGGUGAUCGUAGAGCACGUGCUCUGCCUGCAGCCGCUCCCAGGUUUGGUCCCUGCCAUCUCCAGGUGAACGGAUGGGUAGCAGGGGGUCUGGGACCCUGCGCCUGGGACCCUGAUGAGCUUCUGCCGGGCAAGAGCGGGCCAAAUUCUGGAGUAGACGGACAAUUAGUCUGACCUGGUAGAAGUCUGAAACUGGCCACUGGGGGAGGGCGCAUGCAGUGUGCGCAAGUGGCCCGUGCGGCUGGCAGAGCUGGCGUGCUUGCAAAAUGAAGGGCAGGCCUGCAUCUUGGAAGUAUGAGCUCUGCCGUUGGGCUGAGUUAGCUGCUGUUUGGAUGUGUCUUAAUGAUCUAUGGGAGCACCUGGCUAGGCCACAAAACUGACUGGGUCAGGCAGGUACAAAGAUUACGCAGUGAGUGAGAUCCUGGGACAUCCCCCCGCCCGCUUGGAGGCCAGGCCUAAGCGGUCCUGCGGAACGUCUUGGUGUUGAGGGCAGAAACUUCUAUAGGCCCGUCUGUACCAGGCCUCGGAAGCAGAGCUUUGUGAUGCACCAUCUCCCGAGUGAACCGUCUGGGGGCUGCAGCUCAGCUUGCUUCUAGAUGUGUGUGGUGAUGGGGCGGAGCAGGGUAGUGGAGGGCCACAUUCUGUUCCAAGGAGGUGUUUCCUGAGGAAGGGACUGGAGAAAGCAUCGGGGCUCUGAUUUCAUCAUAAAUCUCCUUAGUUAAUUUUUUUCUUCUCUUGGUUGUGCAAUAUUUUCUCAUUUUUAAAUUAUACUGAAUCUCCCUGGACUGUUUUCUAGCUGGGGUGAACAAGUGACUCUAACAGCUGUUAGUUUUGUAAUUAUGACUUUUCCUGAACCUUUUACAGACUUGCCAUUAACAGCAAUUAAAGGAGUUCUACAGAAACA